UAACUCCAGGCCUGCCCCCUCCUUACAGAAAUGAUGUUUCUGUUUGAUACUUCUGAGUUAUUUAAAAAGACAGCGUCACUUACUUCCUGGGUCAACAUUCUAUUUCUCUUUAUGAAAACUGAAGUUUUGGUGUCACCUUGGAUUUCAGGGUUUUAUAGUUUUCAAACUUCUAUGUCAUGGUGCUUAAGAUCUUCUUCCCUUUCUGCUGCUCCUCAGCUGAAAGUGGCCUCCUGGUCGGGCGAUGGAUUCCGGAACAGAAUUCUGCAGUCAUCUUGGCUGUGAUCCACUUCCCUUUCAUUCCUGGUCAAGUGAAGCAGUAUCUCUCCGAAUUGCAGCAUAUGACACAGGUCAAGAUGACUGUGUUGGGUUCCUGGACGAACAGUAAGCAAGCCAAAGAAGAGAGUUUGGAAAGGUUCCUGGAAGACCUUGGUGCAAUCUUCUCUCAUGAUCCUUGGGUUCAGCUCAGCAAGGAGAAGGACAGCAAGUUUUGGCGCUGUGUGGCCACUCAGAAACUGUCUGACAGCAAUGAAGAAGAUGAAAUUGUCUUGAUUUAUUAUGACCAGCGUAAAGUGAUGCUUUCACAACUUCACCCCCCUCAGAGGCCAAUCGCUUCGAAUGAUCAGAAGACAGUAGAUUCUUCCAGACUAGCUGUUGUGUUUGACACAGUGGCAAAGAGCAAGUUACUAUUCAUGAGAGAUCAGUACGAUGAGGGGCCCAUCAAGCUUACCCACUGGCAGUCAGAAGGUGUAGAAGCUAGUAUUAUUGUGGAACUGUUAAAACAGGCCUCUGUACCUACAUGUAUGCUGAUAACAUUCCUCCUUUCACUUGUCUCUGGAAUUUGUAAAAGCAGAGCCUUGACGAUCUGGCCGCUCUCUUUUCUCUGGAGCAAACUUUCAACAUGCGAGCAAUUGGGGCACCGGCUGCAGCACCUCCAAGUCAUCAGCAGUAGCAGAAAAGCUCCAAAUCAGACCCAGCUGAUGAGAAAAGCAAACAUCUUUCUUUCUGUCCUCAUUGAUGUGGCUCUAGGGAUACUGCUGAUGUCAUGGCUGUAUCAGAAAAAUCGUAUUGGGCAUCUUGCCAAUGACCUUGUUCCAAUGGCUGAUCAUGUUGCCCAGCAGUUGCAAAGCCUCCUCCAAUGGCUAAUGGGCGCACCGGCUGGCUUAAAAAUGAACAGAGCUUUGGACCAAGUCCUGGGCCGAUUCUUCCUCUAUCACAUUCACCUCUGGAUUAGCUAUAUCCACCUGAUGUCUCCCUUUGUUGAGAUGAUCCUGUGGUACGUCGGCUUGUCCGCCUGCCUUGGCCUCACUGUGGCCCUUUCCAUCCUCUCGGACAUCAUUGCACUCCUGACCUUCCACAUCUACUGCUUUUAUGUCUAUGGAGCAAGACUCUACUGCCUCAAGAUCUAUGGCUUGUCAUCCCUGUGGCGCUUGUUCCGUGGGAAAAAGUGGAACGUCUUGCGGCAGCGAGUGGAUUCCUGUUCCUAUGACUUGGACCAGUUAUAUAUUGGCACGCUGUUAUUCACCAUAUUGCUGUUUCUCCUGCCAACAACUGCACUGUAUUAUUUAGUCUUUACUUUGCUGCGUCUGCUGGUGGUGGUUGUACAAGGCCUGAUCCAUUUGCUAGUGGACUUCAUCAAUUCGCUGCCCUUGUACUCUGUCCUUCUUCGGCUUUGCCGAUCCUACAGACUCGCCUCUGGUGUCAAAUUCCGGGUUCUUGAGCAGGAGUCUGGGAAACCUCUUCGGCUUUUAAUGCAGAUCAAUCCUCUCCCAUACAGCCGUGUGGUGCAAACGUACAGGCUCCCAACAUACAGCUGCUACCCAAAGGACUCCUGGGUCUCUCUGUGCAGGAAGCUUUUUGUUGGAGAGUUAAUCUACCCUUGGAAGCAUAAAGGAGAAAAACAGGCGGGCUCCAAAGAGUGAACAUUGCAGAGGAAGGGCCAUUGUCCAAGUCAUUGCCACCUUGAAACCAGCCGUUGCAAAACGGUAGCCAAACACACAACUCUUUUGCAAAGAUCUUUGUAUUAUACCAGAGCUAGGGUGCUUUCCGGGCCUUUUUCCAGGCGGUCGGGGAAAUUGCCUCUCACCACCUCCAUGAUUUUUUUUGUAAUGAAAUGUUAUUUCAUCCUGAAUUAGAGCUGCAUCCCUAGAAAGCAACAAUGGCCAUAACCUGACGUGAUUCUUCACAGUGUCUGAUAGAAAACCGAUAGGAGUGUGAACCAUUUGAAUGUGGAAAACUGACACUAGCCAUGCCAACUGGAGAGCUCUGAGAACUGUGGUCCAGAAAAUGUAACUUUUCCAGGUUUUGCAAAUAAUAACCCUAUAUAGUAUAGAUUUAGCAUGAUAUUCUACUUUUUGGAGAAAGAAAUCCACAAGGAAUCUCAAAAGCCAAAGGGGUGAUUAAGUUAAAGUUGGUUGACUGAGAAAAAAAUCAUUGGUUAAAAUGGUCCACCUUAUGGAAACAGUUGGUGCCUUUAGAAAAUUGUACAGAACGUUUGGUGCCACAGGCAGAAAUAACAUAGAAUAGGGAUAAGUUGCUACACCAUAAGAAAGAAGCGCAGUUCAACGUAGCAUUUUUUCAAUUUAGAACUAAUAACAUGUCAGUGUGAAAUGAAACUACUAAGUCAGUUUAGAGAGGUUUUUUUUUGUUGCCUAUUUCUUAUGGCGUCUUUUUUCUGGAUCCAAUUCACAAUGCUGUACAGAGGAACACUAUUUUAAACAUAGAAGGAAAAAAGCAGCCAUGUCUGGGCAUAUACUUAUACCAGAUGAACCAGAAUAUACACUCGUAUUUUAAACUACAUUUCACUUCUGGAGAAAAUGUUUAGAAGUCCUCUUCCCUUUUUUAUGUGCCUGUUUAUCAUUGUUGGGGAUUUGUUGACCUGGGGAGGCAGCAUGUUGGUGCUGCUCCAGUAACAGGCUGAGGGGAACAAAGCAACAUCUUCCCAACUAAAAAAAAUCCUUGUUGCCCUGCAGACCUUGACGUCCUGCUGUUUGUGCAGUAAAGGAACAUUCUUCCUUGAAAGAAUUCUUCUUUUCCUCCUUGCAAACACAGAUAAAGCCCUUACUGGCCAUUGCAGUCUCCUCUGUGCAGAAAGGGAGGUCCUCUCAUUUUCAUGCUGAGCACAACGGCCUUUGAUUUGCUAAUGCCAGCCCUCCCCAAUGCAAAAAGGAAGGCUCGCCACUCAGUCUUCCCAGCCUGUACACUGACAGUCCCUGCCUUAUAUAGAUGGCCAAACCCUGGAGAAAGCAGAAGGGUUUUCUCCAAUUUUGCCCUGAAUAGGGCUGGGGUUUCCUUUUCCUUUCUGUUAGGAUAUCUUUUCCAAUAAAAAUAAUGUAUGUGAA